AUGCAGCACACGACGUGCACAGAGGACAGGAUCUACCAUGCACUGGAAAGGUGUCUUCAUGGGCUUAGCAGAGAUGCUGUCUCCAGCAGAUGGGCUGCCGGGCUGUGCCUGAAUUGCUGGAGCUUGCAGGAGCUGGUGAGCCGAGACGCUGGCAACUACCUCAUCCUCGUGGAGAAAAUCCUCAGCAAGGCCAAAGAGGUGCAGGAGAAAUGCGACUAUGAUCUCGUGACGCCCCUGGCUCUGCUUUUCUACUAUGCGGUCCUGUAUGCUCCCCACUUCCCACCGGGCUCCGACCUGCUCCUGAAGGCUGCUGGUGUAUACCACAGCUUCCUGACCUGGCCUGUGCCCUACUGCGACAUCUUCCGCGAGCUGCUCACCUUCAUCAGUGACGAGCUCAAGGCCCCCGGGAUCUCCUUCCAGAGGCUGGUGAGGACAGAGCAAGGGCUGUCCGUGAAGAACUAUCAGAGCUCCACCGUGACGGUUCUGCUGCUUAAUCGCUCGGAGGUGCAGAGCGAGUUCCUCUCCAUCGCCGAGAAGCUGAGUGCCAGCGAGCACCCGCAGCGUGCCACGCUUGUCUUGCUCCUCGAGCACCUCUACCAGGCCAGCUUCGGCACCUGCUGCGACCUGGACAGCCUGCACCACCUCCUCAAGUCCAAGACACUGGAAGAGCUCUUGGAGAUCUAUGCCAGCGCUGCUGACGCGCAGGAAAUUGCAGCUGCCAGCAGCGACCCUGUCCUGGCCCGGGAGCGGCUGCAGAACGUGCUGCGGGGCAUCGCCGGCGCCGCAUCUUUUCCUGCCAUCGCAGGUGAGGCUCAGCCCCGCAAGCUCCACACCAUCCCCAUCCCUGCCGCUCGCUGCUACACUUACAGCUGGGAUCAGGAUAACUUUGAUAUCCUCAAUGAUGUCCUCAGCAAAGAGUGCAGUGUCGUUGAGCCCAUGGCCUUGGAGAAUGAGGAGGAGGAUGAAGAGGAGGAAGAGGAGGAGGUGGAAACCGAUGGCUGUUCUCCCGGGCGGGACUCGCUGCUUUCCCCCAUCUGUGCCAUUUCCAAAGACUCUGUUUACUCGGCACUGUCGGAGGAGGGAUCUAAGCCCUCACGAGUGUCUCUCUUCACCACCUCCAAGGACUCCAUCUCAGAGCUGACGGUGGUCUCCAGGAAGUCCUUGAAGUCGUUUGUCUCCAGCCUGAGGGACUGCAUGGACAGUGGGUACGCAGAGGACAGUGACGAGAAUUCCCUGGACAUGGUGGGGAGGUCGGAGCUGAAGGUGGAGAAGGCCCACCACAAAUACAGACACACGCUGACCAACAAGAUCUACAAACUGUUCAAGAGCAAAAGCCAGCUCGUCUUGAGGAGGGACCUGAAGGACUGCCCAGACACGGGCUCUCUCUCACUGCCCCUGCGCCGAGCCGAGAGCCUGUGCACUCCCCAGGCCAAGCACCGCAUCCCGGCACGGUCCCGGCGUGCUCACUCGCUACGGCCCUUCCUCAGCUACGACGAGGAUGCCAAGGUGUCCACGCUGCGCGUUGUGGUCUUCGGCUCUGACCGCAUCUCGGGCAAAGUGGCCCGAGCCUACAGCAACCUCAGGCUCAAGGAGAGCACCUGCCCCUCACUGACAAGGUACUUCAAGCUGCAGUUCUUCUACGUCCCUGUGAAGAGGAGCUGCUUGGCUCCGUCGACCCCACUGAUGCAUCCCCCUUCAUCCCCGGGGGACCCGCAGCUCCGUGCCUCGGCACAGGUGGAUUUCACCGUGACCAGGAUGGAGAGCAGCACCAACGACAUCUCCCACUACAUCGGCAUGUUGGACCCAUGGUACGAGCGCAAUGUUCUUGGGCUGAUGAACCUGCCCAUGGAUGUCCUGUGUCAGUCUGCCAAGCCAGAGGCCGAGCCCCAGGAGGACUCCCAGGAGCAGCUGCCCAUCUUGGCAGACAUGAUCCUCUACUACUGCCGCUUCGCCACGCGCCCCGUCCUGCUGCAGCUCUACCAGACGGAGCUCACCUUCAUCGGGGGAGAAAAGAUGACUGAAGUCUUCAUCCAUUCCCUGGAGCUGGGCCACUCAGCGGCCACGCGGGCCAUCAAGGCGUCAGGUCCGGGCAGCAAAAGACUGGGCAUAGAUGGAGACAGAGAAGCAAUCCCACUAACACUACAGAUCGCCUACAGCAAGACAGCCAUCAGCGGAAGAAGUCACUGGAACGAUGUCGAGAAGGUCUGCACGUCUGUCAACCUUAGCAAAGCCUGCAAGAAGCACGAAGAACUAGCCUCAAAGACAGAGUGUCUCAACUUGACCGUGACAGAGGUUGUCAAAAGGCAAAACUCCAAAUCCAAAAAAAGUUUCAAUCAGAUCAGCGUGUCCCAGAUAAAAGUAGACAAGGUCCAGAUUAUUGGUCUCCAGUCCUCCUUUGCCGUGUGCCUGGACCAGGAUGAGCAGAAGAUCCUGCAGAGUGUAACCAGAUGUGAGAUCUCUGUGUGCUACAAACCCAGGGAUGGUGAUCUCUUUGCACUGAGAAGGUCCUCUUUGCCUCCCCAGGACCACUCUGAGUUUCAUUCUCUCCUGUGCUUACCCAUUGCCACCUUCAGUGGAGCACUGCCGUAG